AUGGCCAGCACUCUAUUAUUACUGGUGCUACUUGUAUCUGUGAUUACGAUGGUGGUCAUCUCUGCAUUUGGUGGAAAGUUCUACCAAGAUUUUGACAUCAUAAGGCGAAGUGGAGAUGCCAAGAUACUCAACAAUGGGUAGUCAAUUACACUGUUCAUUGACAGGAUUUCCAGGUCAGGUUUUCAGUCUAAAAAUGAAUAUCUAUUUGGGGAGAUCAAUAUAUAACUGAAGCUUGUUCCUGGCAACUCUGCUGGCACUGUCACUUCCUACUACCUAUCCUCGAAAGGGUCCACAUGGGAUGAGAUAGACUUUGAGUUCUUGGGAAAUCCGAGUGGUGAUCCUUACAUUCUUCAUACUAAUGUAUUUAACCAAGGCAAAGGUAACGUAGAGCAACAAUUCUAUUUAUGGUUUGGAACUGCAGAUUUCCACACCUAUUCCAUUCUUUGAAAUCCUCAACAGAUCAUUUUUUCCGCUGAUGGGACUCCUAUUAGAGAGUCCAAGAACAUGGAGAGCAUUGGUGUUCCAUUCCCAAAGAAUCAACCAACGAGGAUGUACUCUAGUCUAUGGAAUGCUGAUUCGGGCUCAAGAGGUGGAUUUGUCAAGACAGAUUGGAGUCAAGCUCCAUUCACCGCUUCCUAUAGGAACUUCAAUGCCAAUGCUUGUAUCCGGUAUAAUGGAGCAUCUUCUCGUGGUAGAAAUUCAUCAUCAUCCGCAACUAAAAAUUCAUGGCUUUCAAAGGAGCUUGAUUCAAUAAGUCAAGAUAAGUUGCAAUAGGUGCGUAAGAAUUAUAUGAUAUAUAAUUACCGCACUGAUACUAAAAGGUUCCCACAAGGACUCGGCCGAGAAUGCAGCAUGUCCUAG